AUGUUGCGGAAGCGUAUGGAGCUUUUGGAACGUGUUCUUGAAUCCCAUGGAAUCGAUGUUGAGGCCUCCAUUGCUCAACUGCUCACCGAAAGCGACUCACCUAAUCAGCCAGGCGAUGGGAAUUGCCCGUGUUCUUCUUCUAACAUGGAAGAUCUGUGCGGAACAUUCGACGGUGCGCUCACUCUGGAUGAGUCGUUGAAUUUUGAUCAAGAUGGUGAGGUGCGGUAUUUUGGACCGACUAGCGGGCGUUUAUUAUUUCGAUCUCCCAUGAAUGAUUCCCCAUCGGAAGAGGCCAUUCAAAUCGAUGCCUUAUGUACGAGCUAUUAUAGUGACUCAUUCAAGCCCUUCUCUGCUACAUUUGAAGACGCCGGUGCUUUGAAUGGCAGUCAAGAUCUUACAGAGCACCAUUCGAUCUCAAAUGACCUCCAAGCCCAUCUUAUUGACCUUUACUUUGAAUGGGAACAGCCAUGGCUCCAGGUGGUGAAUGAGAAGCUAUUCAGGGAAAGUUUGAUUUGUGGUGGACGAUAUAGUAGUCCACUUUUACUGAAUUGCAUUCUCGCUUUGGGAUCACGCUAUUGCGACCGCAUUGAAGUGCGGACGGAUCCAGCGGAUUCAAAUACAGCAGGCAGGGGUUUCCUUGACGUAGCUGAGAGAUUGAUACAAAACGAUCUUCGGUGGCCCAAAAUAACAACAAUCCAGGCUUUGACCAUAAUGGGCAUGGUUUAUAUUGCCAUGGGAUCCGACGCAGCUGGAUGGCUUCACCACGGUAUGGCAAAUCGCCUUGCCCUUGACAUGGGCUUCAAUAUGGAUCCUGCGGUCCUUGCCGGAGCAGUUGCCCUUCCCGCGAUUGAAAUUGAGCUCCGCAGGCAAAUCUACUGGGCCUUGUAUUGUCACGACAAACUAUCAGCCAGUUAUACUGGUCGUGUUUGCACAUUAUUGGAUUCACAAGGCGCUGUCAACAAACCAGAUUUACAAUGUGCUUCAAACGUUCACUUGCCAUCCGCAAAUGGGCAACUACGUGCAGCCUCUCAAGGAGAUGUAGUACAAUUACACCGAGCAAUGAUUGAUUUGUGUCGUAUCCUGGAAAAAAUACUUCACUCUCUCUGGUCACCGAAACCUCUUCUCCAUAUGCAAAAGCGUUCCAUCUUCUUUGACUUAUGUAUUCUUGAGCUCAAAACUUGGUAUUAUGAUCUGCCAUCUGAGUUAAAGAUUGAACGAGCUUCCGGUCCUUCCAAGUUUGCCCACGCUUAUACUCUAUAUAUGGUUUAUCACACUGCCUAUAUCCUGCUCUGUGGACCUUUUCUUAUGAACAACACACCAAACAACGUCUGCUCUACUGCCACCACAGAUCAAACGCAAGAAUCUGAUGAAAAAUCAACUGAGCAUGACCGAACUCAACCUGCCCUAGCCAACUGCAGUGCCUCAGUACGGGCUAUGAUCAUUGUUGCCCAGAAAUACAGACAAACUUUUGGCAGCUUCAAGCUAAGCCCCAUUACCGCUACACAUUGUGUCUUGUCAGCUGCCUUGAUUAUCAUUGAGAGAUGCUGCUCUCUUGAAAACUACUCGAAGUCAAUUCCAGAGGAAGAGAGUACUCGAACUUUGUCUCCACAUGCAGCCGCUGGUCUAUGCUUUCAAGUGCUCCGCGAACUUUCCACAUCUUGGAACAUCGCAAAACGGAUUGGACGGAAUCUCGAGAAAGUUUACUGUGAAAGAUACGGCGAUCACUUACCGUCACCCCCCGAAAAUUAUGAUCCUCCUCCAUGUUCAAAACCAUGCCCGCCAUUGGAUCCGUUCCCAUCCUCAAAUAUGACUGGCCCUCCGUUAGAGCCUUUCAAUGAAUUCUUCGAUCCGAAGAAUAUGGUAUUCGAAGCUCAACUCUCCCGAAAUUUGGAAAAUUCUAUUGUUGGUCAUGCCGGAGCCAACAUCAAUCUACCUGACAUUCAAACGUUCGAUGGUGUUGACCCGAACGCUCUACAUAACUUCCCAUACGCUGGUGACUUAUUUGGCAACAAUCAUGGUUAUGCCUUCUCACCUGAUUGUCUACCGAGUGAUUACAACAUAUUUGAUACCUUGAAUCAAAUAAAUCUAGAGGAGUUUUUGUGA